CAUGUUUCUUUGAGCUACUUCUUGCCCAUCAAUACCCUUAAACUCAAACACCAUCUUCGCUUCCUUUCCCACGCCGUAUCUUUGAUUUCCGCUUGCCGCGAGUUCAUCAAGUCCCGGCUUUUCAUCUUCCUGCUUGCCUACUCAAUCCAUCGACUCCACUUCCUUUCGCUGAUUCAGAUGGAGUGAUCCGACAAGGUCCCCUGUUGAACUGAGACGAAGCAGAGAGACGGGCACGCGGGAGUGAUCGAGAAGGAGGAGGCGGAAAUGCGGGAAGAGGAAUUUGUGGAUGUAAAGUUCAGAUUGUUCGAUGGAUCGGACAUGGGUCCCUUCCAGUUCUCAUCGGCAUCCACCAUCGAUAUGUUGAAGCAGAGAGUUGUCUCCGAUUGGCCCAAAGGCAAGACGGUCAUACCAAAGGCAGCAAGUGAAAUAAAACUGAUAAGUGCCGGUAAAGUUUUGGAGAACACUAAGACAAUUGGUCAGUGCAAAAUGCCUUUCAGUGAUGUUGGCGGCGGAGGAAUUAUAAUGCACGUUGUUGUACAGUCAUCCUUAGGAAAAAAAAGAGCAGAGAAGAAACUGGAUGAUUCCCCGAGGAAAGUUGUCUGCGCUUGCUCCGUAUUGUGAGAGCAUAUAUGUGUAGCCUCUCAAAAUAGUUUAUAUUCGCAUCACUGCUUUGCUGCUGGGGAUACCCACCAUUCAAUUGUUUUCAGAAGUGUAUAAGUGUAUAGGGCAAAUCAUGUGUUAAUGUACUCUAAAUGUUGCUGUAUCAUUCAUCUCUGUUGCAAGUUUUGGAUGGUAAGCGCAUCUGAUGGCCGUCAAUGAGUAGUGCUAGCAUAAGUUCAUAUACCUACCGUCGGUUCACAGUUCUUCAGUGUUAUUUUUAUGAUAUAGUUGAGAUGUCGGAUGUAUGGAGCCCUGGAUGAAGAUGAAUGCUAUCACAUUUUAAAGAGAGACGGUCUUUCGUGC